CACAAAUAAAGGAGUAGCUAAAAAAGAAGUUUUUACAAUAUUUUAUUGAAAUUUUGUAUUUUUUUGUCAAAUAGUAAAAUAUCCAAAUGUCCGGUAGGCCAAUUAAAUGUGUAGUCGUUGGUGACGGAACAGUUGGAAAAACAUGUAUGCUAAUAUCACUCACAACUGAUAGUUUUCCAUCGGAGUAUGUGCCGACAGUCUUUGACAAUUAUAGUCUACCAACAGUCGUGGAUGGCGUUCAAGUUAGCAUAGGAUUAUGGGACACAGCAGGUCAAGAGGACUACGAUCGAUUAAGACCUUUGAGUUACCCCCAAACAGACGUUUUCCUCAUUUGUUUCUCCGUUGCAAGCCCUUCCUCAUUCGAGAAUGUUACGUCAAAAUGGUAUCCAGAACUGAAACAUCAUUGUCCAGAAGCUCCAAUUAUUCUCGUUGGUACCAAAAUAGAUUUAAGAGAUGAUAGGGAAACGUUAAGUGCAUUGGCUGAGCAGGGACUGUCGCCGUGUAAAAGAGAACAAGGACAAAAAUUAGCUAAUAAAAUUCGUGCUGUAAAAUAUAUGGAAUGUUCAGCGUUGACUCAAAGAGGACUUAAGCAAGUAUUUGACGAAGCAGUUCGAGCUGUUCUCCGACCAGAGCCCAUAAAGAGAAGACAAAGAAAAUGCAUUGUUAUGUAAAACAAGCAAACAAGAAAAAAAAGUAAAAUUCUUUAAGUCAAAGCCAAGUCCCAAAUAGAAUCAUCAAAUGAAUACUCAUCGUAGAUAUUAUUCAGCAUAUUCAACAUAAAAGGCAUUCAAACAACCAAAAAAAAAAGAGUAAAUGAAUGAAUAAGAAUCUCCAAAUUUGAUUUAAAAACUUUUUUAAACCAAACAAGAUUUUUUUUUUUGUGAACCUACA